AUGAGCGCCUUAGCUGGAAUGCGACAGAGUAUUGUGGGAUUGAACAUAUUUACUUGUCUGAAUCAGAUGUGUGGAUACCUGAAAUUACAAUCAUUGAUGCCCUUUCCUUCUUUUACAGUAAAAAAGGGCAUUGAAUCUUUGGAAUUACUUUUACGUUUGAUAUGGAAAAACCAAUCUGAGGACUUCCGAGAGGAAAACAAGCGAUUUGUUCGAGUGAACUCAACUGGUCAUGCCGGCUUUUUCGUUCCAACAAUCACAGCAACCAUAUGCGCAAUAGACGUCCAAAAAUUUCCGUUCGACAAGCAGGAAUGUCCAAUCAAACUGAUGUCUCAAGCGUUUUCACCUAAUGAAUACAACAUAGAUAUUGGUUUGAGUCCGGAAAUCGAUACAGGCACGAUGGCUUUUGAGAACAUGGGCAAUGGAGAAUGGGAAUUACGUAAUGUAUCAGUGAAUAUCAAAGAAUACGAGUCAGAUUUGGAGCAAUUUUCGUAUAAAAUGAAUACCUUCGUGGUUUCAAUGGAAAGAAAUCCGCAAUUCUACAUUACGAUGGUGAUCCUUCCUUCUUUUGUCAUCAAUAUACUUUCUAUUUAUGGAGUUUUUCUCAAAUCUGCAGACAGCAUGGGGAAGCUUGGAAUGGCACUGACAAACAUAAUGUCAUUGACAUUUAUUCUCGGUAUUCUGGCAACAGCGUUACCAAAGACUAAAGGAUUACCUAGAAUAGCUAUUUACGUGAUGGUAAAUCUAUUCAUUAUGGUUCUGGCACUUCUUGCUACCGUCAUAUUACCUUAUGUCAACUGGUUCGUCAGCAAUCGCAAUGAAUUUAGCGAAAAAUCGAGUGAGAAGAGGAAGCGGAAUAUCAACAGAAUGUCUUGGAUCAUCGAAUACGGGAUGAUUGCAUUGCUUGAACUUGCAAAUCUUAUCAACUUUAUCGUGCUUGUUGGAUAG